UGGCUCAGUUAAGACUCGGAAGUGUGCGCUUCUUCCGCAGGCGCCUCUUCCGGUUCCGCGCUCUCUUUUGCUACGUGUCUUAAGGGGCCUCGUUGGGUAGCGAGCAACUUUCAUCAUGGAUCAAGUAAUGCAAUUUGUAGAGCCCAGCCGCCAGUUUGUGAAAGAUUCCAUCAGACUUGUUAAAAGAUGCACAAAACCAGAUAGAAAAGAAUUCCAGAAGAUUGCCAUGGCAACAGCAAUAGGUUUUGCAAUAAUGGGAUUUAUUGGUUUCUUCGUAAAAUUGAUCCAUAUUCCAAUCAACAAUAUUAUUGUUGGUGGCUAAACACAUCAAGAAGACAUUACUUUGUGCAUGGUAAAAUAGCAGAUCAACGUGGAUUUUCUGACUUCAUUGUCUGUGUAGAUCUUUUUUAACUUGUCAAUAUAAACUAGAUCUUAAAAAUAAAA